UGGGAUUUGGGAAUACAAGCGCUAUUUCGGAAUUGUUUUUCGUAACUAUUUCUGAAUUAAUAUACGUCUACACAAAAACCUAUUUUCAACAAAAAGUUAAUGGUGAAGUAUUACAAAUAGUCAUGGCUAAAGAAAGCGAUAUGUCGUUAUUUAAUGAUGUUCUCGAGCCCUUUCGGCGAGUUAUAAACACCGACCCUCCAAAAGAUAAGUUAUCCUCUUCGGCGAAGUUAAAUUUUUCAGACAGUAGUAAUCAGUCUAUAAAAGAAGGCAUAUCUAACCUACUAAAUUCAGGAAAACGCAAGUCGAGCUUUGCUUGUGCGGACGCAGAAACCCCAGGAAAACGAACGCGCAUAGAUUCAGCAAGUGUUCCUCCAUCACCUUGGGAAGCUAGAAAACUGAAAACAGACAUGAUCGCUAUGAAAGCACAAAUAACAAAGUUAGAAGCUCGUAUAAAUCAUCAGCAUGCAAUUCGGAAGGAGAUGCAAAUAUUGUUUGACGAAGAAAAGGCCUCUUUAGUAGAUCAACAUAAGAGAGAUGAGCGACUAAUGUCUAACUUAGAAGAUAGACUACAAUUAGUGAGGAAGAGAGAACAAGAUUUGAGAGAUGAGUUCACUCAGUCUGUAAAAGAAUUUAAAGAUAGCAAAGCAAAAUGGGAGAGUGAAAGGUUGGAAUUGCAGAGACAAGUGGCAGAAUUAAAGGACCAGUUACUUGAGGCCAAUGUUAGUAAUAAGGACCAGCUGUCUGAAAUGGAGAAGGAUAUGAAUGAAUUGUUAGCUGCUUUAGAAGGUGCACAAGAAGAAAGUGAAUUUCUGAAAGGAGAGGUUGAAAAGCUUAAGGAAAAAUCUGACCAAUGUACUAGUUUAAAAGCGCAACUAGAGAAACAAGCAUUUGAAAUGCAGCAAGCCACUAAUAAAUUAAAGGAAAUUGAAUAUGAGAGGGAUUCUUAUAAAGACUGGCAGCAACAGGCAAAGACAGCGCAAAAACGGCUAUCAAACAUGGCGGAUUUAGAAAAGGAAGUGGCCAGGUUACGCGCCACAGAGCGAUCAUUACGAGACGCGGUUUGCAAUAAGUUGAUAUUGGAGGAACAAGUACACAUACUAUCGACAAAGGUCGAGGCUUUACAGCCAGUUCAACAAGAGCUACAUGAGGCUAAAGUGAAAAUAGCAUCACUAGAGUCGUCACUAGAAGAAUGGCGUAGUGCAGCUAGGGGGCACGGGGUAGAAACGGCUCGAGCGCUGUCUUCAGCUCUGGAGAAUGCGUUGAGCGGACAACUCUCUGCUGUGGCUGGCGCUUCACAGGCACAGUCGCAACUUGCUCAACUAACUGAGGAAGUGGCAACACUCAAGUUCGAGCGAGAUAAGGCAACAGCAAAACUGAACGAUUUGCAAACAGUGCGGAAGAAUCAAGAGAGUCUAAUACACAGACUGCAAAAGAGACUUCUUAUUGUAACUAGAGAAAGGGACAGCUAUAGGCAACAACUAGACAGCUACGAAAAGGAACUCACAGUGACAUUAAGCGGAGAUGUUGGUGCUGGUGGGGCAGCUUUAUUGUCAGCGAGGGUCGAACAGUUGGAGAAGGCAUUGCAAGGAUACAGAGACCUGCUGUCUACACACGACCAGGAGGGCCAUUCGAAGGCUUUAGAAGCAGCUCGAGCUGAAGUAAGCAAAUACCGCGAAGAGGCGGAGGCGGCUAAACGCGAAGUGAGCAAACUGCGCGCGCAGAGAGAUCAGAUGCACGCGCAUUUGGAGAAACUUGCUGCACCUACUAAGAUAUUACAUCUAGCGGACAACCCAGCGGACGUGGCCCACAAACAAAUGCAAAUGGACUUGGAAACCGCACAGGAAGAGAUAAAGAAGUUAAAAGCAGCCCUUCGCGAAGGCGGCUCGUGCCCUGAAGACAUGCAGCAGUUGAAGCAACAACUCGAAAAUAGCAGGAUUAAAUUGCAACGGAUGAAAGAAGAAUUCACUGCAUCAGCCCAGGAGUACAGAGAUGUUUGCUACAUGCUGCUCGGUUACAAAAUAGACAGGACUGGUCAUAAAAAUUACAGAAUAUCCAACAUGUACGCAGACACACCUGAUGAAUACCUCACAUUCACACUCUGCGAGGAUGGUAUAGAGAUGGUUCACACAGAUUAUUCCUCCACACUUGAAGAGUUGGUGGAACUGCACUUGCACCAACACCACUCAAUACCAGUGUUUCUUAGUGCUCUCACUAUGGAGCUAUUUACACGUACCACCAUGCAAGUGGCGUGAUAGUGUUUGCUGAUAGUGAUGGGUUUGGGGAUAGUGAAAGUGUUAGUGCAAGUAGCCCGCUAGCGUUAGCACAUGAACUAAUCUUCACUGGGUGAGAUAGUGCAACUGUAUUUACAGAAUAAUUAUUCAAUACCGAUGUUUCUUAAAUUCACUAUGGAGCUGUUCAAACGCACCAUGCAAGGUGCGUGAUAGUGUUUAGGGAUAGUGUUCCGAGCUAGUUGGGUGAUAGUGUUGUGUUGUGUAGUGAGGACUUAUAGUAUAUAGAUUCUGAGCAAUAUAUGGAUUGUGUGUGCGCAUUUUGUUGUUAUAGAGAAUAACUUUUUAGUUACUCAAGCAAGUUUCGAGUGAAAGAUGUAUAGCAAGAUGGAAAUGUUUGGCUUUUUGAAGUGUGUUUAGUGAUAUAUACUAAAUUACGAGCUAGUGUUUAAGGAACAAAAAGCAAUAAAUUUAAAACAAACUUUUUACUUACAUAGAAUUUAUAAGUCGUUAAGAUUAUUGGGUAAUUUUUAAAAUUGUACAGUGGAAUCCGUUUAUACAAUGACAUUGAAGGGGAAUAUCAAACAGGUCAUAAUAAACGGACGUCAUACAAAGCAUUUUGUAGAAAAUAAACAAUCUCCCGUUUUUGUUAGUAUUCAAUACAGUGAAACAAAAUAGAGAAGCCUACACAUUGAGACACAAAACAAACAUAAAAAAGUGUUGUCGGAUAUCACAAUUUUCCCAAACAGAAAUUAGUGUUGAAAGUUUUAGAAUUCAUUUCGGUCAGUAUAACCGGACAAUUCAUUAACAAUUGGUCACAAUAAACGAUAUGUCACUAUAAACGAAGUCAUUUUAUCCGACUUUCAUUAAGAAUUUUAUAUGAAAACGAAACUUUGCUGUGUAAUACGUCAUAAUAAGCGGUUAGUCAAUAUAACCGGAGUCAUAAUAAAAGGAUUCUACUGUAAUUGAUUCGGACCAUACACAUCAUCUAGGUCAAGCAUUAGGCAAAUUUUAGAUACAGAUUAUAGAAUAUGUUUUCAUAGAUAGGCUCUUACAUUGUAUUUUCUAGAUUUAAUUCCGCAUUGGAUAUAUUUGAAUACGGACAAUUGGCCUUACAUAAUAUUAUAUGAUUUAGGACAAUGUAUUUAUUACGCAUAGAAUCGUUUUUUUUAUUCAAAUGAGUCUAUUAUUAAUUAUAAGAUCUUUCAUGUUUUAUCAUUUAUGUAGUAUUAGCAUGCUAGCAUUUGAUAUUAUGAAAAUAGUGUAAGGUUGAGAGUAAGGAAAAAAACAUUUGAUUACAUACGCCUUUUUGCUUUCCACUAGUUAGUUCUGAUAAAAUAUACAUUUGCUUUUUUCUUCUUGACAUUGUGGUAUCCAUUCUAAAAUUGUAAAAGUGAUAGCUGGCUGUCUGUGUAUUACAAUUUGGAUGAAAUUUGUAAGC